CAAAGGCAUCAUAAACCAUUGGAUCUUAGCUUCGAUCAGAAUCUUAAAUCUAAUAAACUCAACUUCCAGAAUGAAGGUCUUUGUGUGCUUCUUGGCUUCCCUGGCUCUGGUCAACGCCGGUGGCAUCCGCGGUGGUGCAGGAGGCGGCUAUCUGCCUGGUGGAGGACGCGGUGGUGGCGGCGGAGGAUUCGGUGGCCGCUCGGCCAUUGGAUCUGGCCUGGUUUCCCAUGUCUCGCAGUCGCUGGGCAACACUAAGGUCCACAUUGCCGGUGCUUCCGCUGGCGGUGCUGGUGCCUACGGAGGUGGUGGCUAUGGCGGUGGUGCUGCCUCAUACGGCGGUGGUGCUGGCUCAUACGGCGGUGGAGCUGGUGCUGCCUAUGGCGGUGGUGCUGGAGCUUCUUACGGCGGUGGUGCAGCCUCUUAUGGCGGUGGACGCGGAGCUGGUGGCUGGCAGGGAGCUGGAGCUGGUCGUGGUGGUGCUGGAUUUGGUCGUGGUGGAGCAGGAGGCUGGCAGGGUGGUGCCGGAGGAGCUGGAGCUGGCAGCGCCUGGGGCAACCCCGCUGAGUUCGAUUACACUGUCAACCACGCUUCCGGUGGCGCUGGAGGUGCAGGUGGCGCCUACGGUGGUGCUGCUGGUGCUUACGGUGGUGCUGGUGGUGCCUACGGUGGUGGCUCCCGCGGCGGUGCUGGCUGGUGGAACGAUUAAGUAAUGACAUCUGUUCUAUCUGUAAACGAAUCUGAAUCCGACCAAUAAAGUUUUAACAUAAAAAGAA